AUGAUGGCUGCACGAGGAGACAGAGGAGUUUCAAGAGUACUUGAUAAGUUAGAAGCGUCUGUAAACUCUGGCCAUUACUAUGAGGCACAUCAAAUGUAUAGAACUCUUUAUUUCAGAUAUCUUAGUCAAAAAAAGUAUGAAGACCUAUUAAAUCUAUUGUACAAAGGUUCGACGUUGUUGCUACAACGUGAUCAGCAAGAGAGUGGAGCAGAUUUGGCAAUAUUACUCAUAGAUGUGUUGAAUAAAUCAGAAACGAAACCAUGUCACGAAUGGAUUGAGAAACUAGCUAAGUUAUUUGAAUUAAUGAGUGCUAGUAUACCCGAAAGGGAAUCCUACCUCACUAAUGCUGUCAAAUGGUCUAUGGAUAAUAACAAAAAAGGACAUCCACUACUUCAUCAGAGAAUCGCUGAAGUGUAUUGGAAGGAAAAGAAAUAUGCAGCUGCUCAUAGACACUUCUUGCAUUCUUGUGACGGAGCUGCAUAUGCCAAUAUGCUUGUCGAACUUCACACGACAAAAGGAUUAAAAUCUGAAAUAGAUUUGUUCAUAGCACAGCCAGUAUUGCAAAUUCUUUGUCUGCGCAACAUACAAAUGGCCACAGAUACAUUUAAUGAAUACACAGGCCUACACCCUACAAUAAAUAACAAUAAAGGGCCUCCUUAUAUAUUUCCAUUACUAAAUUUUUUGUGGUUUCUGUUACGUGCUAUUGAACAAAAACAUUCUAAUCAGUUUAAAAUUUUAAGAAAUUGGUAUGCAAUAAGUAUUAAAAGAGAUCCUAACUACUCAGUGUAUUUAGACAACAUUGGGCGCAUUUGGUUUGGCAUAGAAAUACCGCCCGACAACAAACAUGGUGGAUCAGUAUUUGGAGGACUUUUGAAGUCAAUAAUAGGUGAAGCUGAUAGUUCCGAUGAUGAUGGAGAUUAUGUAGGAAGAAAUGCUGCCGCCCCUGACCUGGAUUAA